CUCCCCUCUCCGGAUCUCUCUCUGGCGUCCAUGGACUUGUACGUUUACCAACUGAAGAAAACACCAUGACUCUUUAACUUUCUCUCUCUAAAAACAUCACUAAUCGAUCGUUCAUGGGCGCUAAUUUAUCUUCAAUUCAAUCGGAGUCCGAUGGGCAGAGCCAGAAACAUAAACUCGGCGAUAUACCGGAGAGCUGCGUGGCUUUAGUUCUCUCCUACUUCGACCCGCCGGAGAUCUGCAAACUGGCUGGACUCAACAGGACCUUUCGGGCUGCUUCGUUGGCCGAUUUCAUUUGGGAGUCCAAAUUGCCCUCCAAUUAUAGGUUUAUUAUCGAGAAAUUGCUCGACGACGACAACUUGUGUAAGUUGGACAAGAAAGACCUUUAUGCUAGGCUUUGUCGACCCAAUUCAUUCGACGGUGGCACAAAGGAAAUUUGGCUGGACAAGAGGACAGGAGGGGUUUGCUUGUUGAUUUCAUCCAAGGCGUUGACAAUCACGGGGAUCGAUGAUCGGAGAUAUUGGAAUCACAUUCCAACUGAUGAAUCUAGGUUCCACACUGUUGCAUACCUUCAACAAAUCUGGUGGGUUGAAAUAGAUGGAGACUUUGAGUUCCAGUUUCCAGUAGGGACAUACAGCCUGUUGUUCAGACUGCAGCUCGGAAAGGUCACCAAGAGAUUAGGCCGUCGGGUCUGUAACUCGGAGAAUAUACAUGGUUGGGAUAUAAAACCUGUACAGUUACAGCUCACAACACUAGAUGGUCAGCAUGCUAUGUUCCGUUGUUAUCUGGACAAUCCAGGGAUCUGGAUGUACUAUCACGCUGGAGAUUUUGUUGUAGAAGAGCCCAACGCAUUGACAAAGAUCAGAUUUUCUUUGACCCAGAUUGAUUGCACUCAUACUAAAGGUGGUCUCUGUGUGGAUUCUGUUCUGCUAUGCCCCAGUAGUUUAGGAAAUGAGUUCAGAUCUUCAUUGUAGGUGGUGAGAAUUGUAAAAUAGCAUCGUACAGGCCCCCAUAGCAGUGAUGCACCCUCCGAAAGCAAACAGAUUGAGUGCAGGUUUGUUUUUGUGGCAGAUAAUGUUUUUGUUUUGUUAAAGCAGUCAGUAGUUUUGUUUCCUUUUUUUUUUUGGGUUCUAAAUUUUGUAUUUUUUGUCGGCUGGUUUGAACCUGAUGAUGAUCUUGUCUUGUGAGAAGUUUUCUUGUACAUGUAUUUCAGGAAAUGAGAUGUUUGAUUUUGAGUUGUUAGCAUCUGAGUUUCGUUUGGUGUCCCUCUUUCUUGUUUGUGCUUCUACUCUUGCUUUUUGUAUAUUAUAUAUCGCUUCAUAGAUUUCCGUCUUUCUGUUACACGAC